GUUGCAGCGUUCGCCUGCGUUCGUCGCAGUUUGAAUCAUCUCUUCAUCUGAGUUUUAUCCAAUUAAUCACUAAUUAUUAUAUUGUCAAAAAAUAUCAACUUCAGUACAUAUAGAAAUUGUUGAAAAAUUUUGAUCAAUUAAGUUGUAUCAAUUGUUAGUUAUUUAGUUUAAGAAAAUAUCCACAGUCAUGAUGAUGGGACUUUAUCAGAUAGGCUCUUCAGCAGUGAUCGCUCUUAUUGCUGCCUAUCUGUUAACCGGAAGUCGAUGGCGUACACUAUAUAUCCUUUACAGAACUUUGCCUCGAGAUAUCAUAGGAUCAUUAAGAUUUCUAAAAGUAAAUAUAUUACUAUGGUAUUGGGAAAAACGAGAUUUCACCGUAGCAAAAUUAUUUACUCGUCAAGUUGAAGCACAUCCUGAUAAAAUAGUUAUUAUUUUUGAAGAUCAAGAAUGGUCUUACAAAAAGCUAGAUAAGUUUACCAACAGAUUUGCACGAUUUAUGCGUACUCAACCAUAUUCUCGCGGUGAUAGCAUUGCUCUACUUAUGGGAAAUCGGCCGGAAUAUAUUGGAAUCUGGCUAGCACUUAGUAAAGCUGGUUUUGUUACGGCGUUAAUUAAUACUAACUUACGAAAAGAUGCUUUGAUUCAUAGCAUUAGAAUAGCAGAAUCAAAAGCAAUCAUUUUCGGAGGAGAGUUCAAAGAAGCAAUUGAAGAGAUUAGAAAUACAGUUUCUGAUCUUAGUUUGUACCAAUGGUCUGAAGAUCCUAAUAAACCUGUCUUGCAAGAUGCAGUGGAUUUGAACAGCUCUGUAGCUAAUACUGCAGACGAUCCUAUAAUAGUUGACAUGUCGCUUGCAUGCCCAAGGGAUAAGUUGAUUUACAUUUACACAUCCGGGACUACUGGAAUGCCAAAGGCUGCAGUUAUCACUAAUCUGAGAUACAUGUUGAUGACUUGUGGUGUCUACUGUAUGCUUGGCCUUCGUCAAACGGAUCGAAUUUACAAUUCUUUGCCUCUCUAUCAUAGUGCAGGAGGAAUUAUAGGUGCUGGUCAAGCAAUUUGCAAUGGAAUAACCAUUGUUAUUCGAAAAAAAUUCAGUGCUUCCAAUUUUUGGUCUGACUGUAUUCGACAUGACUGCACUAUAGCACAAUAUAUUGGUGAGAUUUGCCGCUUUUUACUAUCAGUUCCGCCGAGUCCUAAUGAUACUAAACAUAAAGUUAGAUUAAUGUUUGGAAAUGGAUUACGCCCGCAAAUUUGGGAAACAUUUACUAAGCGAUUCAAAGUCAAACAAAUAGGAGAAUUUUAUGGUGCUACAGAAGGAAAUUCUAAUCUUGUCAAUAUUGACGGAAAAGUUGGUGCUGUUGGUUUUCUGCCAUUAUUCGCUGGGCCCAUAUAUCCUGUAGUUUUAAUAAAAAUUGAUGAAGAAACGGGGGAGCCUGUUAGGGGACCUGACGGAUUAUGUAUUCGUUGCAAGCCUGGUGAGCCUGGAAUAUUUGUGGGUAAAAUAAAUCCAAAGAAAGCAGUACAUGAUUUUAAUGGCUAUGCUGACAAGCGAGAGACAGAAAAGAAAAUUAUUCAUGAUGUUUUAAAAAAAGGAGACCGAGUUUUCAAUUCAGGUGAUAUUUUAGUCAUGGAUGAGUUUGGAUAUUUUUAUUUCAAAGAUCGACGAGGAGACACAUUUCGGUGGAAAGGAGAAAAUGUUUCAACUACAGAAAUAGAAGCUGUUAUUAGUAAUGUAGUAAAUUUGAAGGAUGCAGUGGUUUAUGGAGUAGAAGUUGUUGGAAAUGAAGGCAAAGCAGGUAUGGCAGCUAUUUAUGAUCCUGAAGGUUCAUUGAAUAUUAAAGAGCUCGAAGAAGGAUUAAAGAAAAAUUUACCACUAUAUGCACGACCGAUUUUUGUCAGAGUCUUAUCAGAAUUACCUCUUACAGGUACAUUUAAACUACAGAAACGUGAUCUUCAAAAAGAAGGAUAUGAUAUAACACAGAUUAAAGAUCCAGUAUACUUCUUAAAUAAAUCUGGAAACUACGAGAGAUUUACCGAGCAAUUGUAUCAAGAUUUAUUAUCAGAAAAACUUCGAGUUUAAAUAGAUGUAUUUUUUAAUCUGAGAAUGAGCAAAAUUCUUACUAAGAUGAUAUUUAAAAAGUUAACAAAGCUAAAUGCACAUUCAGACUACAAUAAAUGAAAAAAAGACAUAAAAUAUCGUAUAAAAAUGUGAUAAAAAUUUAUUUUAAAUUUCUCAGCUCAAACUCGUUAAGAAUUUUAUAUUUUUUAUUUCGUUCCAAAAAAAAAACGUUAUAUAUACAUAAAUAUAUAAAUUUACAUAAAUGAUAUCUACAUAAUACUCAGAUAAUUCCACAAAAGACUCAUUUCAGGUCUGUGACUAUUCCCUAUUGAUAGUAAUAAAGUAAAAAAAUAGUUUAAUAUUUUUUUAUACUAUUCAAAUGUUCAUAAAUAUAAUAAUGAAAAAUAUUUAUGGUAUAUUAAUAAUGGUAGCUUUAUAAAAUAAAAGCUUUAUGUAAUAUUACUGUAAAAUUUAAUAAUGAAUGAGUGGAGGCCAUAUGGUGGAUAAGUAUAUUUUAUUUAAUAAAAAAAUUUGUUACCAG